AUGUGCACUGCUUGUCCUAGUGGGUCCAGAUUUGAAAAUAAUACAUGUGUGAAAUGUUCGUUUGGUUAUUCUGGUUUGGAAUGCAGUGAAAACUGGCAGCUCAUUCUGGUAAUUGUGGGCUCUGUUCUUGGGGGACUGCUGCUCAUAGCCCUCAUCCUUCUACCAAUAAUCCCUACCAUAUCCUCAAAGAAAAUCUCCAAAAACAUCAAAGAUGGAGAUAUGGAAAACCCACACAUGAACCAGGAUUUGUUCACAUUUAAAGGGUUCACUAGCCUGCCAAUUUUUUCCAAUGGUGCGCCCAAACUCCCACGAGCCACCAACUCCACCAACACCAACAGCAUAACCAACCUGGAGAUAACUUCAAACAGUCGACAAAGCCCUGUCUUUGUGAACAACAGCUCAGAGUUUUAUAGUGACCAAAAUAACACAAACCCAUACACUCAGGCUCGACGUCAGAACAACCUCUACGCUGUGAAUCGACCCCAGAUCAAACCACAUGCUCAGAGCCAAGGCUACGAUAACCCUUACUACCAGUACGACAGUGAAA